AUGAUCAAAGCCAUCUUCUACAGUAAAUUCGACACGCAAGAGGGUCCCAAGGUCGUUCACCAAGUCCCCGAUGGAGCCAUCGUCCCCUCCAGCACGGCACCCUCGCAGCCGCCCUUCUUUACCUUCUCCGACGUCUCCUUCUUCGUGAUACCCCGCCAGGAGCUCUGCGGAAACCUGAUCCAAGUGUGCACCAAUGGCUACCGCAUCCUAGGCUAUCCGAUCUGCAUGAAAUCGCUCCGCUACGAUCGAAAUGAAUUCAUCUUCAAUUUCUGUUUGGUGCUGGCUGAAGAGGAGGAUUUCAGCACGUAUAAGAGUGUGGUCCAGAAACUCGCCGAUCUGAUGCACGGUUUGGAGGAACAGAAUGGUUUCCUGUCGCGGGAUCACUCCAAGAGCGGCGAGGGGAAGGUGUACAGUUUGUGCGAAACAUUGAUGGAGGAUCUGAAUAACUACUGCGAGAGCAUGAUUCCAAUUGACGACCUGAACACUUUGAACGUCAAACUGUUCCCCGUCUACCCUGCUCCUCCAUCGGUUCGCGCCUGGCAGGUCCCCUUGUUCACAGUCCGAUACCAGGCCUUUAUGGACGAAAAUUGGGAUCUGACGAUGCAGCGGAUCGUCCCCCAUAUCAACGGCGUCAACAGCGUCCGCAUUAUCUCCAUCCUCGCAGAUACCGACUUCUCCCUAACCUGUCGCGCAAUCCGCCAUCUCCUGUACUACGGCUGCCUCUUCCUUCUCGACAUCUUCUCCUUCUCCGCCAUCUACGCGCCCACCGCCCUAUUCAGCUCCACCAUCGCCUCCGACGAAGACAUGCAACGGGAAUGCGCCCGCUACAUCAACGCAACCUUCGCCUCCCCGACCACAGCCUCUGCGAACUUCAACCCCGACCUACCCCCACGACACGACGACCCAGACGCCGUCUGGCCGCCCACCGGCGAUCCCACCCCUAUCGACCUCACCAGCACCAACGGGAGCCCCCGUCCCGUGAGUCCCAGCACGACGUCCAAAUCCGGCUCUACCGCGCGCUCCGCCGACCACCACCGCAACCACCCUCAAGGGUCCUCCACAACCACCGCACCCACAGAAGACAGCAGCACCGUCGUCGACGGCGUCUCCAUCGUCGAACUCUACGCGAGCCUCAAACAAGGUCAGAGCGUCAAGCACUGGUACAUCCAGCACAGCCGACAGCUCGCACACAUCGACAUCCGCCGCUUCAUCACGUUCGGCGUGAUCAAGGGUUUCCUAUACCGCGUCCAUAAAUACGCCAUCGCCACUGGCCAGCCCGCCCCGCCGUCCAAAUCCUCCCAUUUCCACCACCAACACCUCCAUAACUACCCCACCAGUGGCCCGUCCUCGCGCGGUCCCGGCACCGGCACAAACAGUCCCUACGCGUCCAGUCUCGGCGACGACCCUGCUCCCAUCGCCGGCGGGGACCAGUCCACGUCAGCGCAUAGCGGCAGUCGCCCCGGGACGGUGGUUAUAGUGGACGACGAAGACGAGGAGGACUAUAUUGACGAUAAGACACUGUCGAAGUUCCUUGACGGGAUGCACUGUUUCGAUCAGAUCUGUACGGAGCUGGAGAUGAGUGAGAGGGAGUUAACGGCGCGGUUGAAGCGCUAUCCCGGUGAGGUUUUGAUUAUACACCGGUAG